GUCAGAGGCAGUGCGCUGGAUCAGACGGGAACACCGGGAGAGACACUGCGGAGAACUCAGCCAACCAAGUUUGCGGACACGCACAUCUUCAACUGGACUUCCUACAAUCUUUACAAUUAUGGACUUUUCCUAUGUCACGCUUGUUGCGCAACAGAACGUACGGAUCCUUUGAAUUGGUCAUUUUCAUGUCUGGCUUUUUUUUUUCCUGGAAUACCGAAAUAACAAUUUGCGCAUUUGAAGGUGAAAACUGCUCUUACUUUGGUAUGGAGGCACUGCAGAGACAAGAUGAGUUCUGAUACAGAUCAUGUCGUGAACUUCUUAAGUAAUGCUUCCUCCGAACUGUCCGACGUGUCUAACUCGAGCUCCGCGGGAAACGGGACCGAACCGAGCUCGUUCAGACUCAGCCGCGCGCUUCCCCUGGGUAUGGUUCUGGGCGCUUUUAUUGUGUUUGCUAUCGUGGGCAACAUUCUCGUUAUUCUCUCCGUAGUGUGCAACAGGCACCUGCGCAUCCCAACCAACUACUUCAUCAUAAAUUUAGCCAUGGCAGACCUGUUGCUGAGCACAACUGUCCUGCCGGUGUCUGCCACGCGUGAAAUUCUCAACUACUGGGUGUUCGGGAGGAUUUUCUGUGACAUCUGGGCUGCGGUGGAUGUGCUGUGCUGCACCGCAUCCAUCAUGAGCCUGUGCGUGAUCUCCAUAGACCGCUACAUCGGGGUGCGUUACCCGCUGCAGUACCCGAGCAUUGUGACCGAGAAAAGGGCGCUCUUGGCCAUGCUGGGUGUUUGGGUUCUCGCCUUUGUCAUCUCUAUAGGACCUCUGCUCGGGUGGAAAGAGCCUCCUUCAGAGGACGACACUGUGUGCCUCAUCACAGAGGAGCCGUUUUACGCGCUCUUUUCCUCGCUCGGCUCUUUCUACAUCCCUUUAGCGGUGAUUCUGGCCAUGUACUUCCGCGUGUAUAUAGUUGCCAAAAGAACCACGAAAAACCUCGAGGCUGGAGUGAUGAAGGAGCACAUGGACUCGAAUGAGCUGACGCUCCGGAUCCAUUAUAAAGGCUCUCAGACGCAGGAUGACUGCAGCAAAGGCCACAUGAGGAGCUCGCUGACAGUCAAAUUACUUAAGUUUUCCAGAGAAAAGAAAGCUGCUAAGACGCUUGGUGUUGUAGUGGGCAUGUUCAUUCUGUGCUGGUUACCUUUUUUCCUCGCACUACCCAUUGGGUCAUUUAACACCAGUUUACGGCCUCCUGAAACAUUCUUCAAAGUGAUCUUCUGGCUGGGCUACUUCAACAGCUGCCUGAACCCCAUUAUUUACCCCUGCUACAGCCGUGAGUUCAAGCAGGCCUUCAUUCGGAUCCUCCGGUGCCAAUGUCAGCAGAGAAAACAACAGGGCUGGAGGGCGUACAACUACCGUGUCCAGAUGGGCUCGGCCAACCAGGCCUACACAGACACCAGCUCCAUUUGCAUGAAUGGCAGUCAGCAGACCCUGGCCCCAACGCACCCCAGCCCAACAUUAUUCAGCAGAGUUGUGGGCUCUCGUCCAGCAUCAGGACUUCUUCCAGGCUGGGCCCCCUGUACCUCUUCUUCCUCUUCCUCCCUAUCUGAGAGCCCUUUUCCUGGUAUGAUGAGAUCCAGCUCUAUGGCGACGAGUCCAUGCAAAUCUAACAGGAUGGCUUUGCUGUUCCCCAGUGGGCCCCAUUCCAAACGACCUCAGCAUGCCAAUGGACAGAGUGGGAAACGAGACGCAGAGCAUGAGGUGAUAUCUAGAAACACACCUGAGACUACUAUCUAGCUUGGUGUCAAUAGUGACUUACAUGCCAGUGAUUUCUCUGUCUUUCAGUUCUUUCUGGACUAAUCUGAUACAUUAUUGUAGAUGUGAAAUACAUUUGGCAUCUUGUCAUGCAUGUCUACAAUGUUUAAUUUGAGAGUUGCAGUAGCUAUGUAAGGGAUAAUGUACAGACAGCUGCUAAAUUAUUGCAAAAUUAACCCCAGCAAGGUGAUCAGGACGCAGACGUGAAUAAGUAAAUAAAUAUGUGGACGUGAUUUGAGAUAAUUAUUUUAUAAUUUUAUCUGCAUAUUGUCUUAAAGCUUCUGAUAACAAAAAAUAGUCCAUUGCAAUGUACAAAUCAACUGACCUAGAAACAAGGACAACACUGUAACAAUAUUACAGUACUAUCAGUGCUUGAAAUGUGCCGGUACACGCCGGUACGUUCUCUAUUUUUACCAUUACCACCAGUUUUCCUUUCGUACAGGUGUUGUGCCGAAUUUCGACCCCCUGCCAAAUUAACCCCCUUGUUGAAGUCACUAUCUGAUUGCCUAAUCUUAACCAAAGACUAUAGAUAGAGAAAGACGGUUCACUCCUAUUACUUAUGAAUGAGAGAAACUGCAACACGCAAUAUGGCGGAAUACGUCCCGCCUUCUAUGUAAAAGAGAUAAUCGCUGAUUGAUAAAGUCAUUGCCUCACUGCAGCUGCUGUUAAAAGCUCUGAUUCCCAUAAAAACCUGAGGCUCACGCUUAGGACUGCACAUGUGCAUUGGCUUGUCUAGCCUGAAAAUUAAGCUUUUUAAUGCUAUUUGAGCAUAAGAAACAACAUUUUUGGGACAUUAUGUCAGAUUUUGUUACUGAUUUGAAAUAUGUUAUUUAAUUGUAAGUUCGCCAAGCAGUUUUUGAGAUUUCAGGAUUCCCCCAUUCAAAUAGAUAGGACUUGGUCUUGGAUGCCCGAAAUAGCUGCCUGGAGGUGUUGCAAAUAUGGCCGCUGAGUGAACAGACUUUCCUUAAAAGGGACUUUGUCUUAACCCCACCCCAAUCCUACCCCUCCCCCACCCCUACUCCUAAACCUACCAAUACUAGGGCGGGUAAUAAUCUGGCAGGGGGUCGAAAUUUGGCACAACACCAGCACUUCCGCAUGUACGGAAGCCCUCUGCGCCCUCCCUUCUUCAGUUUUGAAUUGAGCAUCGGGGGUACCGGCACUUUUAUUUUUCCACUUCAAGCAACAAGUACAAUAUUAACACUAAAGUCCUCUGAGGUCAUUUUCACCACAGAUCGGCAGCUAAGACGCAGUUGCGUUUGUGUAAAAUGAGAGACAGUGAGACUGUGUACAUUAAAUAUUUUGACCACUUUGCCAUACAUGAUGGGAAAUAUAGAGGGCAUUAGUGCCCGCCCACUUUUUCAGCAGCCUUGGUUCCGGAAGUAUUUUUCCUUCUAUUUUCCCAUAGGGGUUUUUAAAAAGUCUCUGUUAAAAACUUAUAAGCCAUGAACCAAACCAACCAGCUAUUAGGUGAAUCAUAACAUUACAAACUUUGAUUUGAUGAAAAUUUGAAAAUCGGACAAAAAGACAAAAGUACUUAACGGCUUUAGUGGGGGAAAGAACUACAAUACCAUGGCGCAUUGCAAACAGCAUAAUCAAAUUAAAAAUGAUGAGGAUAUAAAAUUAUAUUGGUUAUAUAUAGAAAUAAUAUAUUUUACGUUUAUUGCAAAAUAUGUAUAAUCAGUGUUGGGGAAAGUUACUUUUAAAAGUAAUGUGUUACGUUACUUUUGUGUUACUUUUUCUCACCUGUGCUGGACUUGGUUGUUUGUUUUUUAAUAACAAAAAAACUAAAGUUCUAUUUUUGCCAAAAGUAAAGGCCCUUUCUUACCAAACGUGAAGAGAAGAAACACUCUUACUUUCGCAAUAAAAAAAGAAACACAAAUGUAAAGUCAUUUUUGCUUAUAAAAUAUACAGUUCCCAAAAGUCUUGUGAAAAAAUAUUUAGUAUGUGUUUUGAGGCCUUUAGUAUGGUUGAAUUAGAUCAUCAAAGGUCAACAGCAAAGAAAUUGGUUAAUAAACUGAGAUUAAAUACAUAAAUUAUGUAUUAUUUAACAUUUAAAUUUUUUUAAUAGAUUGCAUUUCACUGUUUUUAUUCAUUUUGAGGAACACUGAAUCCGUUUUUGUGCAAGUGCGAUGAGAAAAUUCCUGGUCACAUUUAGUCUAGAACUACAAUAACCAUCAUGUUUACACACAACGCCUCUUCACUUCAUUUCUUUCAACAUGGGGAAAGGAGAGCUGUCAGUCUAUAAAUGAGAAAACAAAGUAACUUGUGUUACUUAUUUCAAAAAGUAACAGGUAUGUUGUUGUAAAUUUAAAAGUAAUGCAUUACUUUACUAGUUAUUUGAAAAAGUAAUCUGAUUACAAAACUCACGUUACUUGUAAUGCGUUACCCCAACACUGUGUAUAAUUAGUUUGAGAGUUUAGUGAGAUUGACACUAUCACGUCAUUCGCAGUGCUUCAUGGGAGCGGUCGGGCAUAAAGAGUUGUUUUGGCAUGAUUUGCUUGUUUAGAUUCUCUGAUUGGUGGAGAUUUCUUUGCAGAAUCCUAGGUAAUAUAGUUUUUCACCAGGAAUUUCAGGAAUUUACAAAACAGGUUGAAAUCAUGCAGGCUUCAACAAAAGCAUAUCAUCAAUUAACACAUCGUUGCUCACAGUAGGUCUGCCUUUACGUUUGUUAAAAAUCAAUUCCUAUAUGGGGAAAAUGAAUGGGAUUUUUACUUCCGGAACCUGACUGUUGCACUCUAUAAGGCUAUAUAGCAGUAUUUCCUUUUUAAUGAAUAUAAAAAAAUAACUUUGCUAGAUUUACAAUGUUAAUUAUUGCAGAAAUGCAUCAUUACAUUCUGUGAAAAAUCUGGAUUGGAAAUCUGGGGUUAUUUGAUAUACCAAAAUUUGCCUUUUAACAUCCAUAUUGUGUAUUAUUGUGUACAUACUGUUUUAAAUUUGUAGAAUAUGAAGAGUCUAUAUUUGGCCUGUUUGAUUGUAGUGGCUAUGAUAGUACCGUUUGCAUGAAUAAAGGGAUCAGCGCUGCACCUGGACUUGCUGUGCACAGCUGUGGGCAACACUGAUAAAACUCAGUAUGACUUGCUCACUGGUCUGUUCACCUCCGUUAUUUAUAUCCCUUUUUGAUCUUCAUGUUAUUCAGGUUGUGUCAGGUUGUGUCAGUUUUAUAAUAAUGCUUAUUGGCCUGGUCAAGAUUAUUCUGUUAGAUUCACAGUUAGAGAUAAAUCCAUGACGCCUUGUGAUCUCCAGUUCAAUAGGCGAAGGUGUUGAGGAUGUCAGGUGUCUAAACUGGUUUUGCUUUUGGGUCAUUACAGCACACUUUUUAACAAAUCAAUGGAUGGCAUGAAAAGCUAAUGUUUGACUGAACAAUUCAAGGCACAAACCAACAUAUUGUAUGUGCUGUGAACCAGGAAAUUGGAUUCUUUCAAGGUGCAAAUGUGUUAUACAAGAAGACUUUGUACUUAAUAUGAAAAUAUGGUCAUUGGUUCUUCAUUUCCAUUCGAUUACAACCAUUCAGUGCAUAUUUAAGGAAAAUAACUUUCAAUUUCAGCCUGAAUUUUUUGUGCAAAUGAAUUUUUUAAAGGAAACAUCAGUGCAUCAUUAGCAAAAGGAGAAGGUGUGCAUUUCUACUGGUAUGUUUUUCUCCUUCACAUCUUAUUUACUAAGUGGACCAUAUAAAAUUUGUCACCCUAUAUUUAAAGUGUUAUAUUGUGUGUUAUAGUACAUAAAGACUUAUUUUUCUUUCUCUCAAGACGUGCAUAAUGAAGAAAUAAAUCUAAUUUGUGAAGGUCCCUGUUGCCAUGAUUUUGUAAGUUAUUGUGUUCUAUUAAACAAACAAAAAAC